UCGGUACAUCCUGCUGGUUUAGUUGUGGCUCUGACCGUCCCCCUGUCUACGACGCCUCUUGUCGCUCCUCCUCCUUCUUGUAGGUCUCUGUUUUUACUGCACCUUCCCGCCAACGUCCUUCUCCGACCUGCCCACACCCCCGCCAUCCCUAGUCGUCCGAGUCACAUCCCCGUCGUUCCUGGUCGUCUAGGUCAAAUCUUUUAGACCCCAAUCAUCCAUUCCAUCUGAGGCACCUGUGGGGAGGGGCACAGCAGAGACGUAAAUAACAAGUCCAGGUCUUCGUCAGCUGCAAGAGCAAGAAAAACAAUUGAACAUCAACAGUUUGGUUUACUCAAGCCGUCUUCUCAAACACCUCGGCAAUAUGGUGCACUUAACGGGGAAGGAGAGCAGCAUGGUGCGUCACGAGGGCGGUUGUCACUGUGGAGCUGUCAGGUUCCAAGUGGUCGCCCCACACUCACUCACUGUGCGAGAUUGCAGUUGCAGCUUGUGCGUCAAGAAACAAAACAAGCACUUCAUCGUUCCCUUCAGCCAGUUCAAGUUGUUGAAAGGUCACGAUUCUCUCACCACCUACUCCUUCAACACUCACGCAGCCAAACACAACUUCUGCUCCACCUGUGGUGUUCAGCCCUUCUUCAUCCCUUCUACAGAUCAGAGCGGCUAUGGUAUUGCACCUCACUGCCUGGAUGACGGAACUGUGAAGAAGAUAAAAUAUGAAAAGUGUGAAGGCAAGAAAAAGCAAGAAAAAGAAGUGAAGGCGAAGAAGUAAAUGAAGAAGACGAGAGAGAGAAAGACAGGCACCUUCCAAAACACAAUGACAAACUCAAUAUAAGAAUUAAACCAAUGACAAACUCGAUAUAAGAAUUAAACCAAUGACAAACCACAAUGAUAAGAGUCACUAACUUAUCAUUAACUUAACUAAGUUUUGUGUAAAAAUAAACCAGAAAUAAG